GGGCGGGUCUAUGGCGCGGGAAGGUGGGGGAAGAUGGCGGACAGCACGAAGGGGCGGCCGGCGGCAGCGCCUGGUGGGAAGGCGCUGACAGCGGAGCAGGUGGUGGCCCGGUUCAACCGCCUGCGGCAGGAGCAGCGGGGCCUGGCCUCGAAGGCGGCCGAGCUGGAGCUGGAGCUGAACGAGCACAGCCUGGUCAUCGAGACGCUGCGGGAGGUGGACCCCACACGUAAGUGUUACCGCAUGGUGGGCGGCAUCUUGGUGGAGCGCACAGUCAAGGAGGUGCUGCCAGCCCUGGAGAACAACAAGGAGCAGAUCAGCAAAAUCAUCGAGACGCUGAACCAGCAGCUGCAGGCGAAGGGCCGGGAGCUGAACGAGUUUCGGGAGAAGCACAACAUUCGCUUGGUGGGGGAGGACGACCCUAAGCAGCCCCCCAAGGAGGGGGCCGAGGGGGCAGGGGCCAAGGGCAGCUCAGCCGGUGUCCUGGUCUCCUAGCUCCCCUGCUCACCCCGCUGUCCUUUAGUGUUGCUUGUGUCAUGUUUUUGUUAAAUAAAUGUCUUUUUUCUUUC